UACAUAUACAUAAACAUGACAUAACAGAGCUCCCCGAGGAAAUAGGAAGGAUAAGGAGACGCAGGCGCAGUUCAGAUAAGAGCUGCUCGUCGGGGCCAUGGAAACUGCAAGUACAGGGUAUCUUCUCCGAUGUUCCGCUCCUCAUUCUGCUUCCCUAUUGUCCUUUAACCCUCUCAAAGUCAAAACCCAUUUCAGCUUCUUAUCCAAUUCACCGAAAACCACCCCUGUUACUCCCUUCUCCAAUCGGCCUCCUCUCCUGCGUUUUCCCUGCCCCAGGGCCAGGAGUUCCCCCCUCACAAUUAGUAGUAGUAGUAGUAGUAGUAGUACUAGCGGGGGCGGUCAUGUUGCUGCUGACAUUCCUAACCACGAUUCUGAAACUCUAAGUGAGACUUCCAAUUCUGAAGACACGCCCGCGCUCCCCAAAGUUGACAAAAGCGGCAGAUUUUGCAGCCCCCGAGCUGCCCGAGAACUCGCUUUGACGGUGCUGUACGCGGCAUGCCUGGAUGGGUCUGAUCCGCUUCGGCUUUUUGAGAGAAGACUGAAUGCUAGAAUAGAUAAUGAGUAUGAAUUUAAUAAAGCGGCACUGUUGGAGUACAGCCACAUGAGCUUUGGGGGACCUCCGGUUUCAACAGAGACUAUGGAAGAAGCCAACGAGAUUUUGCGUAAUGACGAAAGAGAGUCUAACAUUGAAGCUGAAGUUCUUUCAGCUCCCCUGAAGUUGGUCUACAGCAAAUUAAUUUUGCGAUUUACCCGAAAACUUCUGGUAGCAGUUACACAAAACUGGGACAGUAAUGUUACUGCAAUUGACAUAGUUGCACCCCUUAGUUGGAAGAGAGAACCAGCCAGUAGAAUCCUGGAGUUCUCAAUUCUUCAUUUAGCUAUAUCAGAAAUAAUGAUUCUUGGGACAAGACACCAAAUAGUCAUUAAUGAGGCUGUUGACCUUGCAAAGCGUUUCUGCGAUGGAGCGGCACCUCGUGUAAUAAAUGGUUGCCUGAGGUCUGUUAUGAAGCAGCAGAGCUUUGCAGGUGAAAAUGGGAGAGAGAGUAUGAGAAGUGUAGACCGGCUGAGGGUUCCCCCAAAAUUGGAGCAGCUGCAGGUUAAUGGAAUGGACAGAUAAGAGAAGAGAAGAGGGUAGAGUUGGCAGGCAGGAGGAGGCAGGGAUGCAUGACAGAGUCAGUUGUAGAAGACAGACUGGUACGACUGAAGUAAGGAUUAGUGUUGAUCAGAAUACAACACUUCAAACGGAGUGUAAAAUAUGCAAUAGAUAGCAAGGCGGGAGGGGGUUGGCUUGGCUUGGCUUGGCUUGGCUGUGCUUUGCUUCCUCUGUUUAAUACUCUUCUGUCAGAUUUUUUUUCUUAUUUUUUUUGUUUGUUAGUCUAUUUAAAUUUAUAUAUUUUUAUUUAUAGUAGAUAACUUUAUUUAAUUAUAGUUUUAUUAU